UCCCAGUUGUGGCUGUGGUUUCAUUUAUCUCAUUCAAAUCAAUGCUUCCCCUGUAUUCUCCUUCACUUCACGGUAAACCACCAUUGUCACUGCAACCAUUUUCUCCCACAAGUUAUAAGCUUAAAACAUGCAUUUCUGAAUUGCUAGAGCCUGGCCAUGGCAUUUUCAGGAAGAAGAACACAAACCCAUAUCACCAUAAUUCUUCUUUCUCCUCCUCUUCCUGUAUUGUUUGUGCAGUGGAGAACGAGUCGCAGCGGUUUGAGGUAGACCCAGAUAAGGCCAGAGAAGCUCUUAAAAAUCUUGACCAGCAACUUCAAUCCCGCUCCCAAACUAAAUUCCGCCCUCCAAAGGAAAAGGCACCGGACGUGACUUUUACAAGAGAUCGAACAAAAGAUGAGCAAGUUGAAGAAUUUUCAGGAUCGUUCUUCACAAUCACGGCUGCUGCAGUCUUUGCUUUCACCGUCUUCUAUAAUGUGCUGUUUUACACUGUUAUAAAACCAGCCAUAGAUGGACCGGGGGCAGCUCCAUACACAGUUGUUCAAAGAGAAAUCCUAAAGGACCAGUUUUGAUCCGCAACCAGAAAUUUAUGUUCAAGACAGAUGCGCUGAAUCGCCUUUCAGCUCAGCUUAUACACAGCUUCUGGUUUGAGUUUGUGUGAGAAUAAUUCACAUAGAGAAAGGGGAAAAUUAGUUCUGUGCUUACUUGUAAUCAUCUUAAAACCAUAAAUGUGCAACAGUAAUUACUAUUAAUUAGAGAAGCAAAGAAGUCGAUGACCAUUUAUGGAA